AUGCCAGAACACCACCGCCACCGUCCUCGUUCACGUUCUCGCUCACGUUCUCCCAAUCGUCAUGACCACAGACGCUCCCACCAUUCCCACCGUUCCCGAUCUCAGGAACCGCAUCACCAGCGCAUCAAGCAAUCUCCUGCACCUACCAAGCCAUUGCCACAUGGAGCGCGAGAGCUUUCACGCCACGACCUCCCCGCAUACCGGCCCUUAUUCGCGCUAUAUCUGGAUAUCCAAAAACAGUUGAACCUCGAGGAUUUGGAUGACGUGGAAGUGAAGGGACGGUGGAAGAGUUUCGUUGGAAAAUGGAAUCGUGGAGAACUUGCGCAGGGCUGGUAUGAUUCGGAGACUUUAGACAAGGCGAGAGCGCAAGACCAAGUCUCGUCCGACUCCGACCGGAGGACAAGCACAAAACGGAAUCAGGAGAGGACAUCUGACACUCGACCGCCGGCGCAGGGCGACGAUGAAACCGAAGAGGUAGACUUCGGCCCCACCCUCCCCUCAUCCCUCACAAGCCGCCUGGAGUACGAUGACUCCGCUAAGUCUCGAGGCCACGGCGCCUCUAUCCCUUCCCUUGAAGACCUCCGUGCGCGCGACGAGCAGGCAACAGAAGAUGCCCACGCCACCCGCCGGGAGCAUACGCAACAGCUCCGUCACGAACGCCAACAAGAUCGCAAAAUUCAAAAAGAGCGCCUCGACGAGCUUUUACCGCGCGCCCAACCGGGGACCCGCGAGCGCCAAUUAGAGAAGCGCCGCGAGCGUGCUGAAGCAAAUCGCUCCUUUGCAGUUUCAAAGGAAGCAUCCGGCGAUGUGGAUCUAGUUGAUUCUGACCUCAUGGGGGAGGAGGACGGUCUAGCCGAGUUCAAGAAGAUGCAAAAGGAGCAGGAAAGAAAGAAGAGUGAGAAGGAACUUCGCAGAGAGGAGACAUUGAGGGCCAGGCGCGCUGAGCGAGAAAGUAGAUUGCAAGCAGUGAAAGAAAAGGAAGAGAAGACUAUGAGUAUUUUUAGGGAGAUUGCACGGCAACGGUUCGGAGCCGGAGAGGCUUCAUGA